AUGGACCGAGCCGCUCUGACCGUUCAGGAGACCGGAGACUUGGGUUUAGACCAUAGACUGUAUCUGAAGAGUGUGACAUCACCGCUGUGUGACAUCACCACAGCGAAGGAGCCGAGAAGAAUAUGGGUGGAUGCUUUGUACAAGUGGGUUCAGACGAUUCAAGUCCGAGUCCAGGAGCCCAGGGAGGAGGUGCAAACCGGAGCUGGAGAAGGAGGAGGAGGAGCGAGGGAGGCGCAGGCCAGAGCUGAGAGGAGGGGAAGGAGGAGGCAAGAAGGAGGUGCAGACCAGAGCUACAAGGAGGAGGAGCAAGGAAGGUGCAGACCAGAGCUGAGAGGGGAAGAAGGAGGGAGGGAGGUGGAGACUGGAGCUGAGAGGACCCAAGAGGAGGAGAAAGGGAGGUUCAGAGCAGAACAACGAGGUGGAGGAGAGCGGGAGGUGCACAUCGGAGCUGAAAGGAGCAAAGAGGAGGAGAGAGGGAGGUGCAGACCAGAGCUGGAGGCACAAAGAGGAGGAGAGAGGGAAUUGCAAGCCAAGCUGAGAGGGGGAGAGAGGAAAGUGCAGACUGGAGUUGGGGAAGCAAGGAGAAGGAGAGAGGAAAGUGCAGACUGGAGUUGGGGAAGCAAGGAGAAGGAGAGAGGGAAGUGCAGACCAGAGCUGAGAGGAGGAGGAGGAGAGAGGAAGAGGAGAGAGCUGUAUAUCAUGGAAAGACAGACGGAGAGAAACUGA